CUGGCUCGAUUAUUUACAUGUCUCCGGUGAAAAGUGAUAGACGUCUGUCUGUGGGCUAAGUGACUGACUGACUGAUUUCAAACGAUCGUGUUAAGCAUUGUUUUUCACACCGUUUUUUUUCUUCGACACACCAAGAUCAGCUAGAUUACUUGCGAAUGUGGUUCACUCCACAGGAGAUCUUACAGUCAGUGCAUUUGAUGUGGUUUAUUGGUUUUGCUGGAGGAAAACAGUGUUACUAGUGAAGGAAAAUAGUGCGAUAAUAACGAAAGCGGUGGACGCAGUUACAAAAUGAAGUUUUUAUUUCUGCUGGCGCUAUGCCUGUUUAGUGCCAUUCUGCGCUCCCACGCGCUACCGCUGACAGUCAGCAAACCGAAGGCACUGACCACGAGCCGGGAGGAUCGUUCAAUUGGGGCCGUCACAACCGCCACACCGCCGAAAGAUGCCAACAAGGGCCAAUACCUGAUUCGUGUCGUUCCCCAGGAGCAGGAUGAGUUCGAAAAGUUGCUGGAUUUUUUCGCAGUUGGGGGGAUCGAUUCGCCCGCCGAGUCAGCAGAAUCUCCCCAAAAGAACUCAUACGGCUCCUAUGAACCCCGACAAGAUGAUCUGACGGAACCGCUGUUGCCUCCGCCGGUGGAGCAGAACGAGCCGAACUACUACGCUGAGAAACCAAAGAAAACCAAAAGCAAAAAGUACCUUCCCAACCAGAAGUUGGUAAACAUUAAAAACACGGAAAACAUCGAAAAGAUCGAGAACGAAAAAUCCAGACUGAAUAGCGCUCAGGGAGAGAUCGAUGAGGAAUACUUUUUGGAAGGACUCGACCUGGAUAAACUACUGGCGUCGGCAUGGCUGACGCAAGCUGAUGCUGACGCGGAAGCAAAGGGGACAUCGAAGGAACUGAAGCAGGCAGAUUUGAAUCUUGGAGAAUUCAUCCCCAGCCAACAGCGACGAAUGGACGAGAACACCAGGAGGUUGCCGAAUGAAAAUGAAGGUGCCCGAGUUGAUUUUCAGCUGCACGGUCAUAAAGGACCGGCUAGCUAUGCGUAUGGAUAUGACACGGGUAAAGGGAAGAAUCGGCAGUUUCACGUAGAAGAGCGCGAUGAACAUGGACGCGUGCAAGGGAGUUACGGAUACGUUAUGAAAAAUGGAAAGUUCCGAACCGUCGCGUACAGUUCGUCGCCUGAGAAAGGCUUCCGGAUCGAGAACUGAGAGUGUGCAAUUUUCUAGUUAUUUAUUGUUAUUGUAUUGUACAAAUUUUAAUAAAAAUACACAUUUUAAAAGAACAA